AUGGACGAUGGUUUCACAGGGCCGCUGAAGCCCCGCCCCCUCUGGCUCCUCAUUGGCCACGCCCCCUGGCUGUCUCCCUUUGGCCACGCCCCCCGCUCGCUUUGGCCACGCCCCCUCCGACCCCCGGCCGAGCGGCAGCACCGAGCCAUUGAGGAUCGCUCCGUCCGCCCCCUGUUCUGCCGCCGGGGGGCGCUGCGCCACAAGGUUGUGCACGAGGUCAAGAGCCACCGGUUCACGGCCCGGUUCUUCAAACAGCCCACGUUCUGCAGUCAUUGUACUGACUUCAUAUGGUAAGGUAUAGGGGAUAUAGGGUCUAUAGGGGGAUAUGGGGUGUUUUUUGGGUCAGUUUGCAGCUUCGUGGUUCACAAACGCUGCCACGAGUUCGUCACCUUCGAGUGUCCGGGAGCCGGGAAGGGGCCACAGACCGACGACCCUCGGAACAAGCACAAGUUCAAGGUUCACACUUACAGCAGCCCCACGUUCUGUGACCACUGCGGGUCCCUGCUCUACGGCCUCGUGCACCAGGGCAUGAAGUGCUCCUGCUGUGAGAUGAACGUGCACAAGCGCUGUGUGCACUGUGUGCCCAGCCUGUGUGGGGUGGAUCACACGGAGCGAAGGGGCAGGAUGAGGAUCCGAGUGCGGCCGCUGGGGGGAGACACCCUGCAGGUCACAGUGGGGGAGGCCCGGAACCUGAUCCCGAUGGACCCCAAUGGACUUUCUGACCCCUACGUGAAACUGAAGCUGAUCCCAGACCCCAAAAACGCCUCCAAGCAAAAAACAAGGACCGUGAAAGCGACACUAAACCCCGUGUGGAACGAGGCCUUCGUCUUCUCUCUCCGUGCCGGUGACGCCGAGCGCCGUCUGUCGGUGGAGGUUUGGGACUGGGACCGAACGUCCCGCAACGAUUUCAUGGGCGCAAUGAGCUUCGGGGUCGCCGAGAUGCUCAAGGGCGGCGUGGACGGAUGGUUCAAGCUGCUGAACCAGGAGGAAGGUGAAUAUUACAACGUCCCCGUGGCCGACACCGACGACUGCGCCAUGAGGAACAAGUUCGAGGCGUGUAAUUACCCCCUGGAGCUCUAUGAGAGGGUCCGUCGUGGUCCCUGUUCGCCGCCCCCCACCCCCCCCCCGGCUCUGAGCCCCACGGAUCCCAACAGGGGCUUCUUUGGGGGGGGGGGACGCUCCCAACUGAACGACUUCCAGUUCCUGAUGGUGCUGGGGAAGGGCAGCUUCGGGAAGGUGAUGCUGGCUGAACAUCGCGGCACCUCGGAGCUGUUUGCGGUGAAGAUCCUGAAGAAGGACGUGGUGGUGCAGGACGACGACGCUGCCUGUACCAUGGUGGAACGGAGGGUCCUGGCCCUGGGACCCCGGCCCCAUUUCCUCACUCAGCUCCAUUCCACCUUUUCCCUUCAGGACCGCCUGUACUUUGUAAUGGAGUAUGUGACGGGGGGGGACCUGAUGUAUCACAUCCAGCAGGUGGGGAAGUUCCGGGAGCCCCACGCCACGUUCUAUGCAGCUGAGAUCGCCAUCGGGCUGUUCUUCCUCCACAACCGCGGCAUCAUCUACAGAGACCUGAAACUGGACAAUGUGAUGCUGGAUGCGUAAGGCCACGUGAAAAUCGCUGAUUUUGGAAUGUGCAAAGAAAAUAUGUUUGCUGGGAACACGACCAGGACCUUCUGCGGGACCCCAGACUACAUCGCACCCGAGGUGGGGAGGGGUCCCUUUAAGAGAGCCCCAGCUCCCUUUGAGGGUGAAGAUGAAGAUGAGCUCUUCCAGUCCAUCAUGGAGCACAACGUGGCCUACCCCAAGUCCAUGUCC